AUGCGUACCAAAACCAUUAAGGCAGGCAGCAGCAUCAUUGGAAAGAUCAAGUACAUGGACGAGCCACUCAAUUCCACGGCAUCGACACAGGAUUGCCCUCCAGGAGUCAGGAUUCCUCCUGUCCCGCGCAUCCGUCCUGUUCGAUUCGUCGCAGAGACACCACGCCUCGCACGCAGCGUCGAGUCUCUGUCAGGACUACGAUCUUACCAAGCUGGGCGGCCGGUCGUCAACGAGUCUGUUGAUACAUGGAGAAGCCGAGCAGCUCCUCGGCCGCGAGCUGCGCGCGCCACUGGGCCUAGAAGAGACGGAAUGAGAAGAGAUGAGAGCCCAGAUUUCUCCUCGCGCGCUUCGAGUCGCGCAUCAUCGUCAGGGCGUCGUGAGCGGACUCCCGUCAGCCGACACCGGGGAACUGAGGCGCUUGACAUGAGUAGCAUCAUUCGCGAGUUUGAAGAAGUAUCUUUGCAUGGUUUUGAGGAUGAAGUGUCUCCGCCUACAUACGAGUUCACAGACAAUUUCUUUCCGAACCCAAAGAUUACCUUCUUUAUGGACAGACCCACCAACCUGGUCUGUUCAGUGUGCCAGGAAACACCACUGAAGAUGAGCACAUCUCCUCACACGCUCGCUUGUGAAAAUGACUCUGUCAUUUCUCCUUGCGGUCACGUCUUUUGUCGGGGCUGCUUGGACACCUGGAUUGACGCGCAUCAGUCCUGUCCUCUUUGUCGAUUCGAGCUGACCCGCAAGUGCGGGCACGCCAUUGAGCCUCGCGUCAUAGCCAAGGAUACGAUCCUCUCGCUGCCUCCUACCCUACCUGAAGGCGGCAAAGUUGCCCCAACAUGUUGGGACUGUCGACAGCACGCGCAGGCAAAGAAGCUGGGCCAGUUUGCAAAGCACUUCCGCUUAUGCCGCCAAGUACUAGAGAGGUGCAAGCAAGAGCUCGCAUAUGGUUCAGUCGAGGCGAGUGUCAUGGUGGACAAAGCCCAGGUAGCAUACAACAAAGCGCAGAAAGAUUUGGAGCAGUUCUCAAAGAACACUACUUACGAGAACACCCUUCAUAUCCACUCAUUCUGGUGA